AGGUUUGUGAUUAUCUCCGCGUGGUAUCCGUUCACGGCGUUCGCCUGUCUUAUCCGAUGAGCGUAUUCAGUAAUUUAUUGAUUCUUUCUCAGUUCGCAAAUCUCGCCCAUGACUGUCUGGGUGGUGGGAGCCAAACGUCCUCCAAGUCAGGACGAGGAAUCAAAACAUCACUUUUCUGUGUCACACACCAUGACUGACAGGAAGGCUGUGAUCAAGAAUGCUGACAUGUCUGAGGACAUGCAGCAGGACGCCGUGGACUGUGCCACACAAGCGAUGGAGAAGUACAACAUCGAGAAGGACAUCGCUGCCUACAUCAAAAAGGAGUUUGACAAGAAGUACAACCCCACAUGGCACUGUAUCGUGGGCAGGAACUUCGGCAGCUACGUCACCCACGAGACGAAGCAUUUCAUCUACUUCUACCUGGGCCAGGUGGCCAUCCUCCUUUUCAAGUCCGGCUGAGGACUUGAUUUGGGGCUCAGCGGGGCAGGGUGGUCGGAGGGUCAAGAAAAUAAGACCUGUCAACCUCCCCGCCGCCCCCACCCCCCCUACCUGGACUCGCUGACUCACUCGGUGGCUGAUGUUCCGUCCACCCACUUCAGAUAUCAACAAAUGGCAUCUCAUUGUGCUGCUGGCUGUGCACAAUUGCAUGGACUGCAAACCAUCUUUAAAUGUGUAUAUGUUGCAGUGGAAAUUGCUUUUUUCAAUUUAGAUGCCUGUAAGAGAAUGGGAUGUUUAAACUUUUAUUUUCUUUCAUUGUUUUUCUUUGUCAUUGUUUAAUGGUCUCUGAAACAAAACAACAACAAAAAACAAGUUUGUUAGCACUGCAGUUGUAAAAAUGCUUUAAGUGGCCUUUUUGAUUAUGGAGAGUCGCAUUUCAAAAUAAAAAAAUAAAGGAGAGCUAGACCUAAAGAGUUAAUGAAUGUGUUUGUACAUUUUAGCUUUCCUUUUUCUAAGGAUGUAUUUGCUUUAAAUAUGUAGUGCUGCCACGUAAACUGGAUCCCACCACCAUAUGUGGUCUGUUGGUAUAAAGCAAGGGGGCUAGAAGGAAUCAAGCACAUGAAUUGAGAAUCACACAUUAUCCAAGGUAUAGUAUGAUCUACUCGUCUCCUCUACAAGCUGGUUGCAACAAAUUGUUACAUUCUAGUCUGUUCUUUUGUACUUUUUGUUUAGUUGGUAAUAAUUCUGCAGUUGGCAUGAGGGCAAGGAGAGGACGACAAAAACAACCUGCUGUUUCUUAAAGUGCUUUGGGAGUUGGUAUGUUUUUGAUCGCUGGGACUCAGGGCAGAAGGAAUGUGCAGAUUUUGAGGAGGUGUAUUAUAGAGAUGGCUAGCAGAACAGCAUAUACGUGUGUGUGUGUGUGUGUGUGUGUGUGCCAAGGAUUAAUCCCCCCUGUCUCAUGAUGUUUAAGCUUACCACCUGGGGGAGGAAUGUUUCCCCCUGUGAUCUUUUUUUUUCUUUCUGCAGUCUCUGCAUCAAGAUCUCUCUACUGUGCCAGAACUCACUGUCCCACCUCUUUAAUGUCCAAAGGAGGGCUUGGAUGCUUUAGGAUCGUCCUGUGCCCCCCACUUGGGCCUGUUUUUUAUUUUUUUUCACGCCCUCUGCAUUUCGACCAGUUUAUGCCCGCCAUGUUGGAUAGUGACGCUCUCUGAAGCCGAUCUGUGACGGACCCGUUUCAGACCGCGGCUAUCUGGCAUGUUUUAUUUGUUAUUUUAGUUCUGUAACCCUUUAACGGAGUACCUGUAUGAUUUGUGCACACUGCACAUGCUCCCCUCUCCAGAGGUGUGUGGCUACAAUUGCACUUCAUUUGAGAUGUACCCUGUUGCUCAGGUGCGACCCAUUCCAAAAGGAUACACACAGAGACGAGUCUUGUCACAUUCAUUAAAUAAAAAAAUGUGUGAUGAAA